AUGGACAACUGCUCUUCGGCUAAGGUCCCCAUGGCCUUCGAAUAUAAGAUAUCUGCUGAUCCCUCGGGCGAAUCAGUGGAUCACAAGACUUAUAGAGGUAUCAUUGGUUCAUUGAUGUACCUCACCGCAAGCCGACCAGACAUUGUCUUUGCAACAGGUACAUGCGCAAGGUACCAGGCUGACCCAAAAGUGUCACACAUGACCGCAGCCAAACAAAUUCUACGAUACCUGAAAGGAAGCAAGACUCUUGGUUUAUGGUACCCCGCAAGCAAUGACUUCAGCCUUCAAGCAUUCACAGAUGCGGAUCAUGCCGGAUGCAGAUUAGAUCGAAAAAGCACUUCAGGUGGAUGUCAAUUUCUGGGUGGAAGACUCGUCAGCUGGUCAUCUAGAAAACAAAGUUGUGUAUCACUGUCUACCGCAGAAGCUGAAUAUGUGGCCGUAGCCAGCUGUUGUUCACAAGUCCUAUGGAUGAAAACACAACUUAUGGACUACGGAUACAGAAUGUUGCGGAUACCAAUUUACUGUGACUCUGAAUGUGCUAUAGCUAUCUCUCACAAUCCAAUUCAGCACUCCAAGACAAAGCAUAUUGAACUACGGUAUCACUUCAUCAAAGACCACAUCCUGAAAGGUAACAUUGAACUCAUCUUUGUCCAUACUCAUGAAGAGAUUGCUGAUGUGUUCACAAAGGCACUUGACUCUACAAAACUCAACAGUUUCUUACAAAUGUUAGGAAUGAUGAAUCCGGACCCACAAUUCUUCUUGAAUUGA